AUUCCUUCAUCAUCUUGUUACUGGAUUGAAUCCUGGAAAAGACUAUCAGUUUAGGAUCUAUGCUGAAAAUAUUUAUGGAAGAAGUGAACCCAGCGAAGCCACUCAGAUAGUCACAACCAAACCAUCAACUAAAGAAAGGAUAAAAAGGAAAAAUUAUACAUUGGAUUCUCAAGGACGCCGCAUUCGUGGACGAUCAGAGGGAAAAGUAUCAAAUUAUGAUCAAUAUGUGUUUGAUAUUAAUGAAAAAUACAUACCGCAACCUGUUGAUGUUAAGACGUCUAGUGUUUAUGAUUACUAUGACAUUUUGGAAGAAAUUGGAACAGGUGCUUUUGGUGUUGUUCAUCGAUGCCGAGAGAGACGCACAGGCAAUAUAUUUGCUGCAAAAUUCAUUCCAGUAACUCAUCCAGUUGAAAAAUCUAUAAUUAGGAAAGAAAUUGAUAUAAUGAAUAUGCUUCAUCAUCCAAAAUUAAUUCGUUUACAUGAUGCCUUUGAAGAUGAAGAUGAAAUGGUUCUUAUUUAUGAAUUUAUGUCUGGUGGAGAACUUUUUGAACGUAUCACAGCAGAAGAUUAUAAAAUGUCAGAAGCUGAAGUUAUCAAUUACAUGAGGCAAUUGUGUGAAGGUGUAAAACAUAUGCAUGAGAAGAACAUCAUACAUUUAGAUAUCAAGCCUGAAAAUAUCAUGUGCCAGACAAAGACAGGAAACAAUAUCAAAUUAAUUGAUUUUGGUUUGGCUACAAAAUUGGAUCCUAAUGAAGUUGUACGUAUAUCUACGGGAACUGCUGAAUUUGCUGCACCUGAAAUAGUUGAUCGAGAACCUGUUGGUUUCUAUACAGAUAUGUGGGCAAUUGGUGUUCUUGCAUACGUGCUUCUUAGUGGUCUCUCACCAUUUGCCGGAGAAAAUGAUAUAGAAACAUUGAAAAAUGUCAGAGCAUGUGAUUGGGACUUUGAUGAUGAAGCAUUUGCUAAUGUUUCAGACUCAGCUAAAGAUUUCAUACGUCGAUUAUUAACUCGAAAUAAGGAAAAGCGUUUGACAGCUCAUGAAUGCUUAGCUCAUCCAUGGCUAAUGGGUGAUAUUAGUGCUGCUCCUACUACUUCCAUACCGUCAAAGAGAUAUAUCAAAAUACGAGAUCGCAUUCGUGCCAAAUAUGGAGAUUACUGGUUCAACUGUUUACUUCCUAUUGGCCACAUUGCCAAUUACAGUUCACUUCGUAAACUUCAUGAGGAAAAAUAUAACAUUCAUGAAUUUUAUUUUGAUCGCAGACAGGCUGCACCGAGGUUUGUGAUUCGUCCUCAGAGUACUUUCUCUUAUGAAGGACAAAGUGCAAAAUUCUAUUGCCGUGUUAUUGCUGCAGCCCCAGCUACAGUGACUUGGUAUCGUGAUGGAUAUGAAUUACGCCAAAGUGUUAAAUAUAUGAAACGUUACCAAGAGAAUGAUUAUUACUUUAUUCUAAAUCGGUGCAAAGUUGAUGACCGAGGUGAAUACAUCAUUCGUGCAGAAAACAGUUAUGGAUUUAGAGAAGAACCAGUAUUCCUUAAUGUACAAAGUGUUCCAAGAGAAAUUCCACAUAUUGUUUUAGAUGAACCAAUCAGGAGGAGAUAUCCACCUCUAAAGAAAUUAUGGGAAGAACCAGUUGAUUCCGCUCCUUGUUUCACAUUCCAUCUCCGUACUCGUGUCAUUCAAGUUGGUAUUGGUGUCAAACUUUUAUGUUGUCUGUCUGGAAAACCUACACCAGAGAUAAAAUGGUUUAAAGAUGGCAGGGAGAUCAAUAAAUAUGAUUACAAUGUGACUCACUCAGAUGGGGUUGUUAUUCUUGAAAUAUUAUCUUGUACAAUGGAAGAUGCAGGAACGUAUGUAUGUCGUGCAACCAAUAAAUUAGGUGAAGAUGAAACUACAUGUCAUGUUAUAAUGGAAGAUCGGCGAGGACCACCAUCUUUAAAAUCUCCAGUUGUUGUCAGCCCCAUUCCGCCAUCUCCUUCACCUAGACCAUCUCCUUAUGCCUAUGAUACUUACAGUCGAGAUUAUUCUUCUUCACAUGCAUAUAGUCACACUAGUGACUAUGUUUCUCACAAACAGUCUAGCUAUUCAUCUGCAUACUCAUCAACUAAAAUAUCCUCUCAAUCUUAUAGUUCUACUAAGAUUUCUAGUAGAUCUGACUAUCUUAGUACAAGAUAUACUCCAUCUCCAAGAGCAUCACCUGCAAGAAGUUUAAGGUUAGACUCUCCUUCUAGAGCUAUGAGAUCCUCUCCUGCACGAUCCUACGGAACCUCUCUUCGGCCAGAAACUCCAACUAAAAGAACACAAAAACCAUAUGGAGCUUCUAAAAAAGAACCAUCAAGUCCUCAGAGAUCAAGAACUGCUACUAAAGAAUUAGAAAUACCAGAUGAUGUUGAAAUGACUGCACCAUCCUUUAAAGAACAAUUGAAAGACACUAAAAUUAAAGAUGGUGAAUCUUUAACUUUAAAAUGUGUAGUAUCUGGUAUUCCUGAACCUCAAGUAGAAUGGUUAAAGAAUGGAGAGAAAUUAUUUUCAUCAGAUAUAAUAGAUCUAAAGUAUAAAAAUAAUGUGGCUAUGCUUAGUAUUGGUGAAGUGUUCCCAGAAGACGAUGGUGAUUAUGUAUGCAGAGCAACAAAUUCUUUAGGAACAGCCGCUACAAAAUGCAAACUCACUGUUUUACCAAUGGAUCCAGUGGAAGCUGCUUCAAAAGCUGGAUUCAAGCCUCCAAGAAUAUCACAACAUCUAAAGAGUAUGGUAGUUAAAGAUGGGGAUUCAGUAACUUUACAAUGCACAAUUACAUGUCCAAACACAUUUGAUGUGGUUUGGCUUCAUAAUGACAGAGAAAUUAAACCUAGUAACGACUUCCAAUAUAAAACAGAAGGAGAUGCUUAUAAACUAAUAAUAGGAGAAAUUUUUCCUGAAGAUGGAGGAAUUUAUACUUGUGAGGCAUUUAAUGAUGUUGGAGAUGCAUUUAGUAGUUGUACAUUAAUUGUAACAGUACCCAAUGAACCAGUUAAAGGACCAGGUUUUGUAAAGUUUCCUGAAUCUGUGACAAUUCACAAAGGACAAUCAGUGACAUUUUCAGCUGAAACUGAAAAAGAUGCUAAGAAAGUAACUUGGAUGAAAGAUGGUAACCCAAUAGAUACAAGUAGUACCCACCAUCAGUUUAGUCACAAAGGUCGAAAAUGUUCCCUUACCAUACCUAAUGCUAUCGACACAAAUAUUGGUCAGUACACCUUAGUGGUAUCUGAUGGAAAAGAUGAAUGUGCCGCAACAUUCUCGUUAAAUGUUCUAACGGAAGGGGACGUCUGAGUGUAAUUCUAGUCUAUGUAAGGAUGAAAAAUAAAAUAAUGGUCAGCCACUCACAUUUGCUAAUUUCCCAAGAAUUAUUUCAAGAGCAUGCUGACAUCAUUUUUUGUUGUUUCUCAAUUUGUAAAAAUCUUGGAAUCUGUCAUUAUAUGUUAUAUGUUUGGGAGCAGUUACAAUCAUUUAUGUUUGAAAUUUGCAAAAAUUUAUUAAAUGACCAAUAAGGGGGACAAUUAUCAAUAUAUGUUUAUCUAUCCCAAGAGCCUAAAAUAUUUUAUUCUGUCUACAAGGUUGUGUACAUGUCUUUCCAACUUAUAGAGUAUUUUUUUUUUUGUAGCUUUUGUCCCCCUCGAUAAAUAAAUAAAAAAAAAGAAAACAAAGCUUUUAUUGGGAGACAAGCAGGUUUCUAGAAGUAUCAAACUACAACAUUCAAAAAUUUGUGAUUUAUCAUUGUAUCCCACGACCUGAGGGAACUACAAACCUGUUUGCCUUCGAAAAACAGUCAGAUGUCACUGUGGACUUGUAUGUAGACCUGUAGUGUGACUUGACUGAUGUGAAUAAAGUUGCUUAUAUAUAAAAUUUCA